UAGGAGGCUGCGCGGCAAGCGUGGCUCAGUCUGUUUUGACAACGCGCGAGAGAAGGCUGCAUAUAAGGCUUUAGUGACCGGUACACUUUGACGCACGAAAAGAUACGAAAAUGGAGUCGAAGCCUUCAGUUCGCGAAUUUUACAAAGGCAAGAACAUCCUGGUAACCGGCGGCUCCGGUUUCAUGGGCAAGGUGCUCAUCGAGAAACUACUGUACACCAUCCCCGAUAUCGGCAACAUAUAUGUAUUGAUCAGGUCGAAAAGGGGCAAAUCUAUCAAACAGCGCUGGGAGGACAUGCAACGGUCACCGGUUUUUGAGAGAAUAAAAAAUGAAAAAAAGAGUGCGCUCAAGAAAAUUGUCCCAAUUCAAGGGGACGUUCUCUACGAGGAUCUGGGUGUCUCCAGCAAGGAUCUGGACACCAUGGCCGAGGAGGUGUCGAUAGUGUUCCACUUCGCCGCGACCUUGAGGCUCGAGUCGCCGCUCAAGGACAGUGUGGCCAUGAACACGGCGGGGACCUUGCGGGCCGUGAACGUGGCCAGGAAGUUUAAAAAGCUGGAUAUGUUUGUGCACUUGUCUACAGCUUUUUGCUAUCCUGAUUACAAAGUGUUGGAGGAAAAGUUCCAUUCCCCUACCGCGGACCCCCACGACGUCAUGCGCCUGUGCGACUUCCUGGACGAAAAACAGUUGGCUCUGCUGACACCAUCUCUAUUGAACAAUCACCCGAACACAUACACUUAUACCAAGCGGCUCGCCGAGAGUUUGGUCAUGGAUGCGUAUCCUGAAAUACCUUGCGUCAUAGCUAGACCCACAAUAGUGUGCCCGUCAAUGAGGGAACCCAUCCCCGGCUGGGUGGACAGCCUGAACGGGCCGGUGGGCGUGAUGCUGGGCGCGGGCAAGGGCGUCAUCAGGACCAUGCUGUGCGACGGCAGCCUCAAGGCGCAGGUCAUCCCCGUCGACAUCGCUAUCAAUGGCCUCAUCGCUCUUGUUCCUAUUGAAGUCACCAAGGAAACACAAUCCGAACACAUACCCAUUUAUACCUUGAAUGGAGGACAUCUAAAGCCAACCACAUGGGGAGAAGUAUUAGACAUAGGCAAGAGGUAUGCCCGAAAGUACCCCCUGGCUUGGCCAUUAUGGUACCCCAACGGUGACAUUACCACCAACUACUUCCUACAUGAAACUAAACGGAUUCUGUUCCAUUUGGGCCCGGCGUACCUCAUUGAUUUUCUACUUUUGAUCACUGGACAGAAAAGAUUCAUGAUAAGGAUACAGGAAAGAAUUUCCCAAGGACUGGAAGUAUUGCAAUACUUCACCACGCGAGAGUGGCUGUUCCCUUGCCCCAACUAUGACGCCAUUCAUACAAAAUUAUCCGAGGAAGAUAAUGAAGUAUAUUUAACAUACGUGGAUAAUAUAGACAAGGAAGAAUACAUGAUCCAAGCGGUGGAAGGGGGACGCCAAUUCUGCCUGAAAGAGGACUUUACUAAAAUCAAGUACAAUAGAAUGUACCACAAUUUCCUGUUCGUGUUGGACAUCAUACUAAAGAUAGUGUUCUGGUGUUUCGUGCUCUCGUUCUUCGCCGCGUGGUUCGAGCCAGUCCGCUACCUCUUCUCACUGGGCGAGCCAGUAGUGAAACACCUACCUUUCCUGGGCCCUUUAGUCAGAGCGGACUAAUAACAAAACCUCACUUACAAUAUUGCAAUGGCACAAGUUUUUGAAUGGUGCAAGUUGAAGGGCGGAAAAUCGUAUGACAGUGUCGUAAUUUUUAAGAACUAUUGAUUUUUUCUUGCGGGUUACUUUAUGUACUCCUAGGAGAAUAUCUUUUUAUUAAGGUUCUUGUAAACGGCUCUGGCAUUUGGUUAUGUCAAGAUUAGGACUUCAGAUUGUUAACGUGUACCUCCAUCUAGCUAUACAUAGUAUACACAUGUAUUUGUAAACUUCGUUAGGUGCUACAGUCCGCUUUAUAGAUAGUUUACCAUCUCCAUACAAACUUCUACGAGUACGUAAUAGGUACGUGCAGGUCAAUUCACAAAAGUUGGCAACUUGGCACGAAUGGAACUACCUAAUGAGUGAAUGAAAAUAUUUGUGUAUGUGACAGAUUAACCAAUAAAAUAGGGGAGAGGUGCCAUGAAUGGGACAAUUUUACUCAGUCAAAGAUUUUAUGUUACAAAUUACACAUAAUAAAACAAAGUUGGGUUUAUAAUUAACGUAUAUUUAUAUAUCUUUGAAUAAAAUAACCAAAAACCAUAUAUUCUCAAAUGGUUCUGGAUAGUUACGACUGUAUACCGUUACCGAUGCAGGUGUCACUCACAUAAUAAAAUUUUAGUUCAUUCCAUUCGUGUUAGCUUUCGUGAAUCAACCUGUACUUAUCUUGAGAAUAUCUGCGUGCGUAGCCGAAUGGCACAAACGCUCACGAAACGAAACGCUAGUAGAUAUCUAUCUCUAUCGCUCUAGGUACUUAUUUUUACGUAUCAAUAUGAAUCGUCACUUGACUGAGUGAGAAGGUCUCUUUAUGCACAUGUAAAUAUCUAACCAUUUGUUUUAAGAUUGGUCUCACUUGAUAUAAAUUACUUAGUAAAGCAGGAGACCAAAAGAAAUGGGACUGAAUGUUAAUUAUAUUAAGGUAGGAAAUGUAUGGUUAAGGAGGAAGGAUACUAGCAGAUAGGUAUUGUAACCGUAGUCGAAGAUAUAGGACAGUGUCUGAGAUUUAUAUAAUGAACAACGUUUUUAUACUUACAUACUUAUAAUUACAUGAGGCAGAUAUAAAUGCGUAGUUGUGACAAAACGUAGAUCUUUAGUGAGAAAAAGUUUUCUCUUAUUAAAAAUAACUCACUAUCAGUGUUACCAUGUACAUACAAUAAUUAGUAGUGACUUUGCUAUUUGUUUAACACAUUAUUAAUUACGAUACUUAUUAUAAAUGAACAAAGCAAUAUUCGUAGGUUCAAUGUAUUUGGUGUAGGUAUUAAAGUUGUACACCUGUAAUAGGCUUAUUAUAUGUUAUUACUUAUUAACCAGCCAUCUCAUUAGGCCAAUCGGGACGAGUGCGCCCAUGGAUCAACAGCGUAUACAUGUGGGCAUUUUCAAAAUGUAGGACCCCCCAAUAAGCGUAACUUGUUAACAAAAAUUAACUUGCUGUCAGAUUUGUGACGAUAAUUGCACACGAGCAUGAAAUUUCAAUAAAAAUAUUGUUUUUGUGUUAAUUACAUAAACUUAACGAUAGCGAUAACCAAGUGGUAAUCUACAUUCAAAAUGCGAAAAAAGUAAAUUUUAAGACAGAUUUUAUGCUUAACUGUCAUCACAAAACUGACAGCGAGAUAAUUUUUAUUAAAAACUUACCCUUAUUGGCGGGGAGAUAUGCGCAUCAUUGUAUGACUUGAAUUAUGAAGUGGCCAAUUUCCUACCUACACAUUCUGCUGGGGCCUUAUUCCACUCGCUCGCGCGAUAUUAUCGCAAAUCUUGAUUCGAUUCGAUCAACUGUAUCUACAACCAAAACGUAGAAUUCAGUUAACCCAUGAGCGCACUUGUCUUAUUGUCCCACAUUAUAACUUUUUUAGAAUUAAAAUAGCCUUUCAUUAUUAUGCUGUGGAACGGGUUUAUGAUCAUCUAUUAAUAAAAAUUUACAAAUGUA